UUUUGUGCAUACCCGCUUCUGAGUUGAUACACAAAUCGCUGCCGCAUACCAUCUUGGGUAUAUGGACUCUGGAUUCUGAAAGCCACAUCACAGCCACUGCAGCACCUGCCUGCUCCAUCAUUGAUAGCUGCAUACACCACCCACCAGCGCCAUGUCGGGGGAGGCGGCCGUCGAGGACGAGGGCACCGUCCAGCUGACGGUUAAGUGGAGUGGCCAGGAGCUGGACGUGCGCCUGCUGGCCACCGACACCGUGGCCGACCUGCGCGACGCACUCUGUCUGCGCACGCGUGUGCUGCCGGCGCGCCAGAAGCUGCUGAACCUGAAGCUGGGCGGGCGGCCGGCGCCCGACUCGGCCGAGCUGGGCGCGCUGGGGCUGCGGCCGGGCGCGCGCAUCAUGAUGAUGGGUAGCCCGGAGGAGGCCAUCGCCGCCGCCAACGAGGUGCCCGAGGAGGCGGCCGGCGUGCUGGACGACUUCUUCGAGGAGGAGGGCGGCGAGGUGCCCAUCCACCUGCGGCCCGAGUACGUGGCCAAGGUGGAGAGGCGCGUGCGCGACUACAAAGUGGAGGUGAAGAACCCGCUGCGGGAGGGCAAGCGGCUGCUGGUCCUGGACAUUGACUACACGCUGUUCGAUCACCGCAGCGUGGCGGACAGCGGCAGCCAGCUGAUGCGACCGUACCUGCACGAGUUCCUGACGUCGGCCUACCGCGACUACGACAUUGUCAUCUGGUCGGCCACCUCCAUGCGGUGGAUUGAUGAGAAGAUGCGGCUGCUGGGCGUCAGCGCGCACCCCGACUACAAGAUCGCCUUCCACCUGGACAACUUGGCCAUGAUCACGGUGCAUUCGGAGCACUACGGGGUGACCGAGUGCAAGCCGCUGGCUGUGAUCUGGGGUAAGUUUCCGGACACGUCGGCGGCCAACACCAUCAUGUUCGACGACGUGCGUCACAACUUCCUGAUGAACCGGCAGAGCGGGCUGCGCAUCCGGCCGUUCCGGCAGGCGCACCAGAACCGCGACAAGGACGUGGAGCUGCUGCUGCUGGCGCGCUACCUGCGCUCGAUCGCGCGGCUCGAGGACUUCGGCGCGCUCCGGCACCGCGACUGGGAGCGCUACCUCGAGAGGCACCCGCCACCCGAGGACUGACGAGCGCGCGCCUAGAGGCGAGGCGGCUUGCGCUGGCGCAAGGCGCGCGGCCUCCGCACCGCUGGGCGGGCGUACUGGGUUGAG